UCUAUACUUAGUGCUGUCGUUGUAUCGUCGUCGAUCAUUUAUCCACUCACUGAUUCACCAUGUCAUAUGCUGACCCAUCGACUGGCUCAGCCAUGUCAAGUUCCUCAACAGCGCAUAAACGGACCUUGUCUCAAGCAAGUCCAGACGAUGAACACGCUCCAAUCAAAGCUCAGAAAUCUGCACGAGCAUGCCUCAACUGUCGAAAGCAAAAGAUGAAAUGCGAUCUGGAGGGAGAUCCGCCGUGCAAGCGAUGUCUAAAAAGUAAGACACCAUGCUUGUUCAAAGUUCGAGCGAAUGGGAUCGACGCCGGAGACUGGUUCAUAUCCGAUCACAAUGUCACUCAGGACGAAGAAUUCAAGCAAUCCGUCCUGACCAGAUUACACAUCAUCGAGACGAAACUUGGUAUCACCGCUCUCCCGUCCUCUCGAUCGGUUGACCCCUCGGCGGGUAUCAGAACCAAGCAGGAACCGGCCGUCUCCUCGUCCGUAUCAAGUCCACGGCCAUUUCAUGGAGAGCACGGCGUCCACGAUAAUGAGAAGGACCGACCAUUGCCGGACCUUUGGACCGCCCUUGGCAUACUUAUCUCGCAUUGCUCGGAGGCCGAUAAACGCCAUCGGGGUUGGAACACCCCGAUUGUAGAGGCUUUAUGGCUAUCGUUCGCCGAGCACAUGCCUGCCCUCCAUUUCUCCACGCAGCGUAUAUUCAAUGAUCGCCCAACACCGCUACUGUUGGCGGCAGUCCUAUUCGCCGCAUCGAUCCAGCAUCCACUCGGUGAAUACGCCGAAUUAUCUCCCUUCUACCAUGCAUCCGCUGCGAAUGCCAUCGCUCAACUGGCAGUGCCUUCCAAGGAUCCGGGAUUCGUGUACAGUGAUGCGCAGGAUUUACAGGACGCACUUGGCAUCAUCGUCAUGGGACUUUUGAGCGAGGCUUGGGUCAAUACGACGGGUAUCUGGAUCAGCAUGGCGUAUCAAAUCGUCCUCAGCGGCGCUGCAAAGUGUGACAAGGCAAAGCUGAAGGAGUGGCGGGGCUUGUAUGAGGGCCUGAGAGUGGUCGAUAUCGAACACGCUUCUCUAAAUAUGGCUUAUCCCGUCCUGCCUCUGCUCUGUCCAAUCCCCUCCCUGGAACACAUCACACCAGAAGCGGAUACGCCUCGGCAGGCUUGGACACAUCUGACCACAAUCAUGCAUGUUGGCCUAUCCCACUUUUCAGGCCGUCACAUCCGAACCAUCAUGGAGACUGUACUGGUGGACUCGACUCGUGUGCGACCGCCGGCGAGUCCGUCAUCUUCCGAUCUGCGAUCAAUAAAGGGCUGGGCGAAUGAGCUCGAUGCAUGGCUAAUGAAAUAUCACAAGCCUUCGAAAUUCCAGCAACGAGGACCUAGUGAGGCCAAUGUCAUGCUCUUGCAAUAUCAAUUGCACAAGCUUUUCGUCCUGUUCAUCUAUAAUUCCGUAACGAAUGGCGCCCGAUCCGGAGACUCAAAGGCUUCCUCGGACGAGGAUGAUCUCUUGUCGGCAGCCAGAGCAGCGCUUCGUAUCCAGCGGUUGGGAAUGGCCGUAUGGUCGAAUUGGGACCUCGUCCUUAUCACGCUUGCGGCUUUCAUCGUCAUCGAUCAUUUCAAGAUGUUGACUCAGCCAGAAGACCGCCUGCUUGUCCAAGGACACAUCAAUGCCCUUCAAGCUACUUCUCAGCCCAGACCGAAUCUGCGAAGUACGCUGGCCAGCCGACUGGAAUCACGGAUGCAGCUGGAACUCACCACACCCCCUGUGGAUUCCGGCUUUCAAAGUAUGAAUUUCAACGGUCUGCAUCACAGUCCGACAGUCGCACUUCGCGAACCUCAGUUCAUGCCUCAGACAUCUGGCAUGCCACACGGAGAUGGUCUCUUCAGCCUUUCCGGACUCACUUCAGACUUUGACACGUGGUGGUCUGGUGAGAUGAAUGCCGGAGAAGGCCGUGGUGCUCCUUCGGAUCAUAUGGAUCCGAACAGUCAUAAUCCGUUUGAGAUGGGGAUGGGUACUUGGCCUCCGGCAUUCCAACGAGUAAUUGGAGGUUUACUGGACCCGAACGAUCCUGGUCACUAGGUGUAGCAGAUG